AAUUAUUGGAACCUUUAACAAAAACUAAAUUCCGUGACCUUUCAACCUUUUUAAUGGAUAAUUCAUCAGCUCCUGCUCAUUCUCUCAACAUGAUUAUUAAAAUUUCUGGUCAUCAUAUUCAAACUUUGAAUCUUGGACAAUUUAAACCUCAUCCUCAUUCAACCAUACACGUUAUUAAAACUGUGGCAAAUUAUUGUCCAAAUUUAAAAACUUUUAGUUCUUACGUUGAUGGUGAUGAAAUCGAUCAUUUGGUAGCUUUGUUUACUUUAUGUGUAAACCUUUCUUCUGUUACGUUAACUGGUCCACGUAAUUCAGAAAUUAAUGUAGAUGAUAUGUUUCUCCAAUUGGCUCGACAAGAUUUAUCAAAUCUACAAGAAUUUAAUAUAUUGGGUGCAUGGUCUUUUACUUCAGAGUCAUUACGUCAAUUCUUGAUGUGUUCAAAGGCUCCAAUACGUACUUUAAGUAUUGAUAAUUGUUUUUUCACCGAUGAUCAUUUGGAUGUUGUCGUCCAUUGUUUACAAAAUACUUUAAAAACGUUACGAUUACGUUUACAUAUAAGAAAUCGUUUGAAUGAGGAAUCAGUAAUUCGUGCAAAAGGAUUUGUCGAUGUUUUAGAAAUUGAAAAUUUUGAUAAUUAUAGGUUUACUCCAUCAAUUCUAACUCUGGAAUAGGAAGAUGAAGUUUUCAUUACCCAAAUUUUACCUAGGGCUUUUUUUGU